CCUGGGCUAAGGGCCAACAUACACCACACAGCAGCUAGAACAGCUUGCAGUAAGGACUGCAAGGAUCACGCAGAAGCAAACAACCACUAGCUUUUAAAAUCAUACACGUCCUGCCUGCAAAGAACAAUAUCGACAGAGCUCUCCCACUUUAAAUGGCUGUCAAAGCUCCAGCCCCAAACAGCUGCAACCGAUCCCCUUCUUCACCUCCCCCCAUCAUGUGAUGGUCCUGCCCAAGCGAUUUAAGCCGUGGGAGUGCCUGUGGAGCCUGGGCUGGGGGUGUUCUGCCUGGUGGGCUGGUGGCUGCAGCAUGGAGCAAGGACUGGUUGUUACUCAGCUGGACAUCCAGCCUGGAGAGUGCAUCAAAGUCAAAGGGAAGAUCCUGUCUGAUGCCAAAGGGUUUGCUGUGAACGUAGGGAAGGACAGCAGCAACCUCAUGCUGCACUUCAACCCUCGCUUCGACUGCCACGGGGAUGUCAACACCAUUGUGUGCAAUUCGAAGGAAGAUGGCGCGUGGGGUGAGGAGGACAGGAAGGCGGACUUUCCCUUCCAGCACGGUGACAAGACUGAGAUCUGCAUCUCUUUCAAUGAACUGGAGGCAACAGUGAAGCUGCCUGAGGUGGAGUUCCAGUUCCCCAAUCGCCUGGGCAUGGAGAAAAUUGAAUACUUAGCUGUGGAGGGUGACUUUAAAGUCAAAGCCAUUAAGUUCCACUAACAGCUAUAGCUUGGUUUGGUUUGUUUUCUCUCACUCCUGCAUAGUGAAAUAAAUGCAAACUUGCAAUGGC